GACAUUCUUUCUGCCUCAUGAGUUCAAAAUUACCCCUGAACAUUAUACCAGUGAACUAUUAAUUAGAUAAGAAGCGGUUUCUCAAGAUGCAAGCGUCAGAUUUCACUAAAGUACAGCCAUUAAGUUCAAAAGAGGAUCCAGGAGGGGACUGUUUUGUCCGAAUCCACAAGAGAGACUUGGAGAGGCUGUGCACUGAGGUCAUGCAGCUGCGGGAAUUUGUGCCUAAAGUUAUUAACGGUGACUUUCUGGAUGCCCUGCACAAAGCCCGCUCGCUGGACACACUUCGAGAACAGAGCCAGCAGCAGCAGCAGCAGCUGAAGCAGGAGUGUUUACACCUCUGCUCCCGCCUCGACGCAGCACAGUCCGAGUGCCAGAGAGAGAGAGAGGAGAAACUGGUUCUAAGGGAGCGGUUAUGGGAAAGUCGUGAGCAGCUGCAGCAGCAGGCGGAGUUCUGUACAGGCCUGGGUGCCGCCACCUGCACCGUGCUCUGGAGCGCUUCCCGUAAAGAAGAGGCUGUAAGGGACGUACUGGCUGAUGGAAAGCUGGAACCAUUCUUAAGUGUAGCAGGUCAAACCCUGGAGAGUUUUGUCAAAUCUCUGGACGAGGAGGAGAAACCCCAGCAGCAGAACUACAAUUCCCAUGAGCACCAGUUUGUGCUAGCACUGGCUGGUGUCAUCACCAAUUUGGCGGCUGUGACUUGUGGGAGGGACUUCAUUUCUAGCUCUGCGCAUGUCUUGUUGGACACUCUGAUGCAGCUGCUUGGGUUAAUGAAGUCUGGGGUCUUUCCCAAGCUUAAAGUGCUGAUGCUUAUGGCUUUAUACAACGUCAGCCUCAGCGUAAAUGGACUGACGUACAUCAGCGAGAGUCCUGCACUCCUGUCUCUCAUAUGCACCCUGCUUGAAGACCGGGACUCAGAGGUAUGUCUGCAGGCCCUGCGGUUGCUCCAGUCUCUGCUAGUGGAGGGUGACGUAUUGGCCCAAAUCAGCCCAGACCUCCAGCGGUCCCUUCCAGUGGAGAGAAUCCGCCAGUUGGCCUCAAGCCGCCACUCAGCCCUCAGACAGACGGCCCAGGAGAUGUUGGAAGACAUCAACUGCCUCACCAAAACUCGUCACACAACCAUCGAGAAAGAACAGUGUUGAUGCGGACACCUACAGACCUUGCAAUAGUUCUAGUCUAUACACACUGAUGUUCUGUUCUCUGUGUAGGCCAAUUUCAGUGCUCAUUCUCUUAUUUGUAGCCAGUGUAAUCACUUAAAAAGGGUCAUGGGUCACAGGGCCCAUUGAAAUAUGGCUCACUGCAGGUCUGACCUCCUGGGUGGUCUAGGAAGUAAUGAUAAUGAUGAAAAUGGCUAAUGUUGCUCUCUGUUAAGAAAUGUAUUAGUUGAGGAUAGCAUUUGGUUGUUUUUUUUUUGUUUUUUUUUAACAUUUGCACGUUUCUAAUACAUGUAGGUGUAGCUGUUGAGGUGAAGCCAAAGUUGUUAAUGUGUUCAGAUUUGCUGUUCUAUGUAUUACUAGUAUUUUUUCAUGUCUUGAAAAAAUUAAAGUUGUUUUUAUUUGA